GGCGGCGCCGGCGGUGCGGGGGGCGCGGGGGGCGUGGGCGGCGCCGGCGGUGCGGGGGGCGCGCAGCCCGGGGAGCGCCCGGAGCCGGCGCUGCUGCAGCUGCUGGUGUGUCCGCUGUCCCGGAAGCCGCUGCGGUACGAGGCGUCCACCAACGAGCUGGUCAACGAGGAGCUGGGCAUCGCGUACCCCGUGGUGGACGGCAUCCCCAACAUGCUCCCGCAGGCCGCCCGGCGCACGCGGCCCGCGCAGCCCUAGGCCAUGUGCCCGUCGCUGCCCACGCUGGCCGUGCUGGUCCCGCUCGUGUCCCUGGCCGGCCUGCUGUACGCGGCCUGGGUGGACGAGGACUUCCCGCAGGGCUGCACGCGCGCGGGCAGCCUCUGCUUCUACAGCCUGCUGCUGCCCGUCACCGUGCCCGUCUACGUCUUCUUCCACCUCUGGACCUGGAUGGGCAUCAAGCUCUUCCGGCACAACUGACGCCCCUCUGCCGCCCCGGAGCCCGGGGGUGCGGGGCCGCGGCCGGGAUGACGGCCAGCGAGGUGUCGGCGGGGCGCCCGCCUCUUUCUCGAUGACUCCGAUUCUCCCCAAAUGCCCGCGAUUUGCAGUUUUGUCGGACCCCGGUCACACCCUUGGGCCCGUUCUUUCUGGGGAAUGACAACAGUCCCGAGGGAGCUGUGUGGUGAAAACACUCGUGUCGGUGUUUCUGAACAAUAAAAAGUCAAUUUUCUGUACUAGCAAAA